AACACUAAAAAGUCCCAGAGCUGCUCUCUUCAGGUAUUUAACCAGGAGCAAACAGACUUGUAGUUUAUGAUUUAUAAAAAUGUGUAGGCAGUGUAAAUGCAGUGAUGGAAUGUGGGUAUAAAUUCAAAUUACUUGUAAUUUACUCGAGUAUGUCCAUUUUAUGCAUCUUUAUACUAUAUACUUUACUGCUUUUCUUAUUUUGUCUGGCAGCUUUAUACCUCUCAGAUGACAGUCUUUCAUCCCUAUCCUGUCCACUGAAGGAGUGUUUAAGUCUUCUCAUUGCCUUUGUCUUAUUCUUGAGGAAUCCCUGGACUGUUGCACAAAAGACCUCAGCAACCAAAGCAAGAUAUGGCUGCUGCAAACUAUCUGCCAUCUGAAGAUCAGUUUCUGUGCCCCAUCUGUCUGGAUGUGUUCACUGAUCCUGUCAGCACACCAUGUGGACACAACUUCUGCAAAAACUGCAUCAAUAAACACUGGAAUACCAGCAACAGGUGCCAGUGUCCAAUGUGUAACAAGGUUUUUAUCACAAGACCUGAGCUGCACGUCAACACUUUCAUCUCUGAGAUGGUCGCUCAGUUCAAACAGUCAGCUCAACAGAAAGCCAGCAGUAGCAGCUCACAGCAACAAUGUGAUAAACAGGAAGUUUCCUGUGACGUCUGCACUGGAACCAAACUGAAGGCCCUGAAGUCCUGCCUGGUGUGUCUGGUCUCCUACUGUGAGACUCACCUGGAGCCUCAUCUGACAAUGCCAGGCCUGAGAAGACAUCAGCUGAUCGAUCCUAAGACAUGUGUCUGCAUGCUCUGCACUGUUUCAGACCACAAAACACAUGAUGUUGUUCCUCUGAAAGGAGGAUAUGAAGGAAAGAAGGCUGAGCUGGCUAAGAAAGAGGCUGAAAUUCAGCAGAUGAUCCAGAAGAGACAACUGAAGAUUCAGGAGAUCAAACACUCCAUUAACCUCAGUGUCAAAGACGCAGACAGAGAGAUAGCAGAAGGUGUUCAGGUCUUCACUGCUCUGAAGAGAUCUGUUGAGAGAGGCCAGGUCGAUCUCAUUAACACGAUCAAAGCAAAACAGAAAACAACAACAAAAAUGGCAGAAGGCUUCAUCAAAGAGCUGGAACAGGAAAUCUCUGAGCUGAUGAAGAGAAGCACUGAGCUGGAGCGGCUCUCACGUUCUGAAAAUCAAUUCCACCUCCUCCGAAGCUUCCCAACAGUGAAAGCUGCUCCACUCACCAAGGACUGGACAAAGGUCAGCAUCUGUCCACCAUCAUAUGAGGGGACUGUGGUGAGAGCUGUGUCUCAGCUGGAGGAGACACUCAGUAAAGAGAUAAAGAAGCUGGUUGAAGCUGAGCUGAAGAGGGUCCAGCAGUAUGCAGUGGAUGUGACUCUUGAUCCUGAUACAGCACAUCCUGCUCUCAUCCUGUCUGGUGACAGAAAGAAAGUAUAUCCUGGAGAUGUGAAGCAGAAUCUCCCAAACAACCCAAAGAGAUUUUCUCUCAAUCCCUGUGUUUUAGCAAAGCAGAGUUUCUCUUCAGGCAAAUUUUACUUUGAGGUUCAAGUUCAAGGAAAGACUAACUGGGACUUUGGAGUGGCCAGAGAGUCGGUCAACAGGAAGCAAGACAUCCCUCUGAGCCCUGAGGAUGGUUACUGGACUGUAUGGUUGAGGAAAAGAAAUAAGUACAAAGCCCUUAAUAACAUUCCAGUUAGUCUCUCUCUGAAGUCUCAGCCUCAGAAGGUGGGGGUGUUUGUGGAUUAUGAGGAGGGUCUGGUCUCCUUUUAUGACGUAGAUGCUGCAGCUCUUAUCUACUCCUUUACUGGCUGCUCCUUCACUGAGAAACUCUUCCCAUACUUCAACCCAGGUCUAAAUGAGGGUGGCAAAAACUCUGCCCCAUUGGUUCUCUCUCAUAUGUAGACUGAUCAUUUAUUU